AUGGGCAACGAUGCCAGAGCCCUCUACUACCUGCUGGAGAGCACGGCUGCCUGCUUGCACGUCUCCGACAACUACCUGGCCUUCACGAGCCUGCGCAAAGCAGAGGCCCUGAGGAGCUCGGCGGCUCAGAAAGCCCCGGUGCCGGCCUGCUUUGAAGAAGCCACCUUCCUGAGCCUGCAAGGGGAGGUGUGCUACAACGUGGGACGCGUGGAUCUGGCCAAGACGACCCUCAGGAAGGCGCUGAGCCUGCUGGGCCGGAAAUUCCCGGGCACCUCGGCUGGCGCCUUCUUUCAGCUCCUGCUGGAGCAGUCGGCGCACGCCUCUCACCAGAAGAGCAGAGGCUCCUGCCCUCCCGCAGAGGCGGGGACGGAGAGGCUGCCCUGGCUGUUCCAGCAGAGCCGCUGCCUUUCCUUGCUGCGGCAGCUCUUCAGCCUGGAGAACACUUCCAGCGGCCGGAGGCUCUCGCUCCUCGCAGCGCUCAUGAGGGUCAACGCGGCCGAGGAGUCCGAGGACGCGAGUCACAUCCUCGCGUCCUACCUGGAAUAUGUGCAGUGCUGCCAGGAGCUGGGCCGCCAGGAGGAGCGGCUGGAGAGCGGGCGGGCAGGCGGCCGUCCAGCUUAG